AUGUUUCUGGUGAGUUUGGAUCCCGGCGGAGCCUGCUGGAGGCUUCUCGCUCCUCGAGUGAACACCUGGCGCCACGUCACGGAGUUUCCACGCAGUGGAGCAGAGAGUAAAAUUUUUGAAGCUAGGUUUGGAGCGCGCUUGCUGCAUUUUGCCGCGAAACUCAUGCCGUGUUCAAAGUAAUUUCCGCGAAAUGCAAAAUGGUCUCUGACCCUCCAAAAUUUAGUUAUCUUUCUCUUUCUCUGACGGCUAUUUUGCAUUUCGCGGAAAUUACUUUGAACACGGCAUCAGAAUUCCUCACUAAUUUGGUCAAUUUUGCCCCUUUUUAGAUAUAGUACACGUGUUUUUAAAGUGGUUUCGUCUCUGCAUUAACGUGCUUGUUCCGAGGUUAUAGCACCCCAAAUUUAUUGGAAAAUUUCAAUUGCAAGAUUUCGGCUUUUUACGGAUUUAUUUCUACGAAAAUUUUCCUGUUCAUUGACUAAAAGCAACAUCCCGAUGUUUUGAUAUGUCUUUUAUGAAGUAAAAUGCUAUGAAACACUUUUUAAACUUGUUUUUCUAAAGAAGUUAAUUUGGUCAUAAUUAUUUUAAAUGCACUUCUUUUCGUUCGAAACUGUUUGAGUGUCAUUUUCCAAAAAAACCUUCAACCUUCACCAUUGCUGUUAGCAGCAAUAAUAAAAUUUUCAAGACAUUCGAAAUUUAUUUUCACAAAAAGAUGGAUUUUUGUGUCUUACCGGUGAAGGCCUUUAAGUUCCGGUGAAGGCCUUUAAGCUUUCAAGAGAAACUCUACCCGCCUAAAGAUUGAGGUUAAAGAGAAAUUGGGACAUUCAGACAUAAUUUUUUUAAUUUUUUUAUUAACUAACCCCAACAGUUCCUUUUUCUUUUUUUCGAUUGUUGGGUUUCGAAUGUUAAAAAAGUGUGCGGUGUUCCCUAAGCAAGUUCAUAUAUUAUUUCAAAAAAAUGUGAUUUUUUUGAGCACUCAAAAAAACCUAAAUUUGCAGAAAAAGAGCAUUGAUAAUGUUGGACUUGCUUUUUUUGAAUCUAGACUGUGAAAAGACUAUACCUCAGACUCAUGAACUGGACUAAUCAAAAUUUGAAUGAAAGCCAGUUUUUUUUCUAUAAUUUUUUUUCUGAGGAUUUGAACAAAAAUUUAACAUUUAAACCUUAAUUUGUAAAAAAUUGUUGAAAAAUUAAUGAGACUUGUAUUUCUGAGAAUUAGAGUUCACGAGGGGCUCAGCUAAUUCACUAAUGAUUCGAGGCUGUUCCAGAGAAGUUUCCAGGAUUUCCUGUGAUCCCUGGAAUUGAAAAUCACCAGAAUUAGUUCCUGUUCAUACUGAAAUGUAUUCUUUUCUCUCAUCUCGAUAUUUUCAGGUCAGAUUGCUCACAGCUAAGCCGGCGAAAAAACCUGCCGCGCCUCUUCCUACUGUUACUGAGAGCAAGCCGGAAGAACAUGGUGAACUUUUUUUUUCCAAAAAAAACGGCAACUGCAACUUAGAUACUUAGAUACUUAGAUGGUCCAUCUUCGCUUUCGACCUUUUAUUGUUUUAUUGAUCGAAGCGUGGACCACACGUUUUCCAGGAGGUCUUAUGCAAUCGGUCAUCCAGUGUUGUCCUGGUUGACUGGUAUUCUUGCGAAAAAGUUCCAUCCGUGGUGUUGAACGUGUUAUAGCAUAAUUUUGGUCUGAUUAUCCUUUUUGCCUUGCCAGGGCUAAAAAAGACCGCCCAUUCUGUUAACAGAAGCAAGCCGAACUGCGUGACCGGUGUACCGUUAGCCGCCAUAAAUGGCGUUGCCUCCCCAUCACCGCGUAGAGGUGGUACUUGAAGGGGAACUGCAACAAAGUGAAAAAUAAUUUUCCGCGAUUUUCCUGAAAUAUGAGAACGCCUUCGAGAAUCAUUUUUUACACUAAGACGUAUUUCUGAAGUUUACAAAGAAGGGCUUUCAAAAUUUGAUCUGUCCAAAAACAAGUUUUGAAUAUGUCAUUCGAGUUGAAAUUUCAUUUGAAUUGAAACGGAAAUAUAUUCGUAAAUAUAAAAAUAUGUCAACGCUAAAUUACGCUGGUACGAAUCCAAACUAUGUAUACACGGGAUGAAAAUAAAAGGUUUUUUGUUUAUUUCCACCAAUUUUCUCCUGAUAUGAUGGAAUAUUGCGUACGGGAAUCGCGAACCAAAAUCCCAAGCCAACGGCGAAAAGGGGCGGGGCUUUGCGGUCUCUGAACAUGAUUGAAUGUUUUUAGUCAGCGUUCACGAGGUUCUCGUGCCCAUCAGGAAAGAAGAGAAGCACGAACAAGUCAAAGUGAUAUCGACGAUUGAACGUGCACGAAAGCUGCCAUUUUGCCACGGGUUAGAUAAAUAAUCCCCGGAAAACGUGUAGAAAUGAUCAAAUUCAGCUUCAUGCCGUCUCUUGAAGCAGUCAACCUACUUGUUCGCUCAGGAGACUUUUUGAUUCGCCUCCGCGAAGGUAAUCCGGUGGAAACCUUUGGGAUCAAGUUUUGAAAAAUAAAACUUUUCAGUCAAAGGCCAAGUUCGCGUUGUAGUAAGCGUGGCACUUACUUCGGCGCAAUCCACCAAGCUGAGACAGAUCAACGAGAAGGAAGACACGCGGAAAGGAUGCCAGGUGGCGAAGAAAGUGCCGUACGAAAAAGAGGAUGACGGCGAUGUCGCAACUGAUCUAGGGGAGACGGGGGAUGGUGAGGAAACCUGGAAUUAAUUCAAAGAUUUUUCGGGAAAAAAACUGUUUCCUUUUUAUGUAAAUUUCCGCCGUGUUCAAUUUGAUUCCGCGAAAUGCAAAAUACCCGUUAGAGAAAGGAAAAGAUCACUAAAUUUUGGAGAGUCAGAGAUCAUUUUGCAUUUCGCGAAAUCAAAUUGAACACGGCAUUACGGUUUUAGAGACCAAAGGCAAUUACUUUGUCGAGUUGCGGAUGCGGUUUUAAUUCGUUGGAAAGCAAGGUGGCAUUCAGAAGAGAUCAGUGUCAAAUUGCGUACAAGUUGAUUGAAACAAAAUUCCAUAAGCGGCUUACAUUUGAAAAUAAUCUUGGACAGUCGCUUAUGGACUGGACACAACUGUUUUCGAAGAGUUACGAGAAAGUCAAGGAAAAAACCAUUCCAAAUGCGGCCAAAAGUCGUAUUGACUCGAAAAUACUUGCCGCAGUUAAAAUGACUGUUGAGAGAAUUCCGAAACAACUAGAAUUUCAAGAUCAACGAUAUAAAUAAUAAAUUGUAGCCGCUAUGAACCCUAACUUUACGCCUUCCUGUUCACAUUCAAAUUGUCUCGAGGCCUCAAACGUUAAAAAAGUCUCAAAAUAAAAAAAUACGGCUUCAACGUCAAUCGGAUAGUUUUCAGACAGGAGGAAAGGCUCGGACUCGUUUUCCGAGAUCCGACCUGCUCCCUUCCGCGAGACGAUUGCCGUGAACUACCGGCAUAUGAAGUUGAGAGAGAACAAGAACGGAUGUUCUUUGGAUGGGGAAUACUAUUUCUCAAAUCUAAACUCUCUGCUCGCGUUUUAUAUGUUUGUGAAAUUGGAGGUUAGCCAUUUUGAACUUGUCAUUUUUCGUUUGCAAUAAUGCUUUGAAGUACUCUCGCAAACUUGUUAACACCAAGCGCCUAAAUGGGGCCAUACAACACGAAGUUAAAGAGAACUGAGAACAGCCCCCGGGAUCUUUUGAGCAUCGCGACUGAAAUUUCGAUUUUUUCGAGAUUUCAUCGUUUCAUUUUCAUCACUGAAAUCGAUGAAACCAGCCGCAGAGCGCAAUUUUUCAUAUUGACGGAAAAAAAACAGCCGUCCAAAUAACAACUCUUAAAAGCUUUAGGGCGUAAAUAUUCGAAUUUUUGCGGCUCUCCUUUCCAAAACUCGAUCUUUUUCAGGGUCCACAAGAUUUUAAUCUUCGGAACCCAAUAAGUCGCCAGUACGGAUCCUUCCGCUCCUCACAGAUCAAGAUUGUUAAGACGGUGAGGAAUUUUGGAAUAAACCAAAAAAAAUUUUCCGGUUUAAAAAUAACCAAAUGUUUUUUGAUUUGCUCCUUCUUUUUCAAAAACAACUUUUGAGCUGAAAUAUGUUUUUUUUGUCGAAUUGGAGUCAUCGUUCUUAAUAUUUGCAGCUCGGGAACGGCGCGUUCGGAGAAGUUUCGCUUGCGGAGAUCAACCACCCGGCUUUCGCGCAGAACAAGGCGGCCGUGAAAACGGUAGGCCUUGAGAAAUCGAGUUUAUUCAGGAAAAGAUCGAAAAAGACGUCUAGAGCUGAAUUUCGAAAUUUGUUGUGUUGAUCAAGAGUUGCAACAAGUCUGAAUUCUGGGAUUUCUUAAGAUCUCAAGACAUUUCGAUGGAUUGGAAUAAAAAUAGGGAUAAACUUGCGUAGAGCAUCUUUUUGUCCGUUGUACGGUAUUGAAGUUUUGACUUUCGUUGAAAAUUAAUUAAAUUGGAAGAAGAACUUUCCGGACUUUUGUAAUGCACUUCUAGCGGUCACUUUAGCGGCGUCAGCGCUUAAGUGAUUACUAGAAAUGCUCAGAUGCGUUUUUUCAAGUGACCGAGGUCCGAGUUCUGUCAAAUAUGUAGUGUGCGAUAAAAGUGCUCUGUGGACAAAAUAAAGACGCAAUUUCUGGGUUUUUAAGAUGAAGAAAGGCGUACCGGAGCACCUCGGACUUGAAGAAAAGUUCCUUGUUGAAGGAACAAUCUCCAUCCCGCUGGACCACCCUAAUGUUGUCCGCACAUUAGGGUGGUGUUACGAUUCUAAACCUCUGCAGCUACUGAUGGAACUGUGUCCGGGUGAGGCUUCCAAAAAGCAUUCCUUCCAAUCUCUAUGAAAAGUCCCUGUGAAAUUAGUUAACUUCGAAAAUAAUUUGAAAAAAAAUUCCGGAAAAUAUUUUUAAACGAGAAUUUUGCGAUCGCUGAUGUCAAUUAGACUUUUUGACACAUAUCCGCCUAAUCUUCGAAUUUAUGAAUUGCGGUUUCUUUCCGCCUAAAGCUUCGGCGGAAGUCUAUUUCUUUUGAGCUUACCGUCAAUUUUUGAAUUGAUAUCGUUUUUUGAAGGUGGAGCUCUAAGCACUUUUCUCAUGGCCAAGUCUGAGAAAGCCUCGAACCUGACCUUGACGAGGUUCUGCCUCGAUGCCGCGAGGGGACUCGAGUAUUUGCACGACGUUGGGGUCCUACACAGAGAUGUAGCCGCACGAAACUGUCUUAUAGAUGAACACGGAACGGUAUUUUCAUGGAACCUGCAGAGAAUUCACCAAAUUUUUCAGGCAAAGGUGGCGGAUUUCGGGCUUUCGGUUAAGGCCUACUACUAUGAGAUGACUACCGCGGAAAACUUGCCUACCCGCUAUUUGCCACCUGAAAGCCUGACGAACUACUCUUUUAACGCUGAAUCGGACGUCUACGCCUACGGGGUUUUCUUUUUUCUCAUAUCUGACUAAAUUGGAAACUUUACAGCAUCUCGUCUGCGAAGUGUUCAACAAAUGUCAAAUGCCGUACGCCGGCAUGUCAGGACCGGAGGCCCGAAAACAGGUUACUUUUUUCUUUUUACAAAAAUAGUACGUUUUUUGCAGAUACUCGCGGGGAAAGUGGUCAACGUUCACGAAAGAGCACCCGAAGCUCUUCGCUUUUUCGUGGAAAACAGGAUCUUCGCCUAUCACGCAAUUUACAGGCCGACCAUGCCCCAGGUAUAAACUUUUUUUCAGAGCGCAUUAUUCGACGCAAAAUAGCCUCAAAUUUCAUCUUUGAUUUUCGAAAAAGGUCAUGCGUUUUAUAACUCACAACUUGAUAACUAUCGCCGCUAUUUUUUCUCGAUACUUGAACAAAUCCAAAAAGUUUGAAAAAAGAAGCUUUAGAUAGUCGAGUUCAUGACGGAGGUCAUCAGCAUUUUGAAGGAGGUUUGGCUUUUUAAAUUUUUUUCAUAAAAAAAUGAUUUCUUUUUACAGGCGAAUCCGGGAGACAAUGCAGCAUUUGAGAUUGGAGCUGAAAACAAGGAAGCGAUGCAGCCGAGCACUGGAACUGAAGUGAAUCUUUGUCUUGUCUAUUGAAGCCCAGAGGUCACACUGGGAAUGGCUCCAUGCACACCGAGUCCUUUGAAAGAACGUCCGACCAGAAUCGGCUUGGGCGAUGAGAAAUCAAGGAGCCAUUUCCAAUGCGAUCAUGCUGUUUUAGUCGUGGAAAACUUCAUACUUCUCAGCUUAGUGUGAAAAUAGGGUAGGAGAAAUGAAAAUUCUUUUUGAUUAAAAAAGCCAAAAAAAAUCAUAUUUUUCGAGCCAACAUCUUUUACAGGAAGUCUUUGAGAGACUCGAGCCAAGUUCAGCGGCUCAGUCACCGCCUGUCGAUGUCGCUGCAUAG